AUGCCAGAUACUACAAUCUCAGUUCCACCCUCCUACGAAACCCUCCCAACAACCCACAUCAACCUCUCCCACCACCCACCCGGCACGCCCACCACAACCCCCAUCGUGAUCGUGACGCUGAACCGGCCCGAAAAGCGCAAUGCCUUUACCCCAGCCAUGGGCGAAGACCUGCACCGUGUCUUCACUUUGUUCGAUGUCGACCACCGGGUUAAGGCUAUCGUUUUGACUGGUGCUGGGGAUACGUUUUGCGUUGGGGCGGAUUUGGAGAUUGGGCGGGGGGAGGAGACGGGGAGGAGAGUUAGCGAACAUGACGUCGCCCUAGCCAUCCACCACUGUCGCAAGCCGACCAUCGCUGCCAUUCAGGGCUCCGCCGUAGGCAUAGGCCUGACACUGACACUUCCUGCAACAAUAAGAAUCGCCCACCAAACAAGCAAAUAUGGCCUCGUCUUCGCCCGCCGCGGCGUCACCAUGGAAUCCGGCUCCUCAUACUUCCUCCCCCGACUGAUCGGCUACUCCCGCGCGAUGUACCUCGUCUCUACCGGUGGUGUCUUCCCCGGCACGGCGUCGCACUUUGAUGGUCUUUUUGCUGAGACUCUGGCGGAGCAGGAGGCGGUGCUGCCGCGCGCGCUGGAGCUGGCGGCUGAUAUGGUGGAACAUGUGAGUGUGUUGGCGAGUGCGGUCAACCGUGCCUUGAUGUGGAGGGGUCCGAGGACGGUGGAGGAGAGUUAUGCGUUGGAGGGAGAGGUGUUUGGGGGGUUUAUUGGGUCUAGUGAUCAUAUUGAAGGCGUCAAUGCGCUUCUCGAGAAACGCAAGCCGAACUUCAAUAGUACCGUUGACGAUGCCCCUGCUGUGUAUCAGUAUUGGUCUGAUGCCAACGUCGACAAUGUCAAGAUUGCCAAGAAGUUUUCGAAGCUGUGA